GCCAUGGUCGGGGCGGGCGGUUGCUGCCCGCUCCUUGCCUCCGCCCUCGGGGAGGGGGAGGCCGGUGCCGGGGCGAGCAGCGGGUGAUGGGGAAGAGGCGAGCGCGGCGCUGAGGUCCUGCGGGGCCGGAUGAGCGGAGGCUUGGCGCCGCGGCAGUGGCGGGGCUGGAGGAGGGGGCGCAGGAGGCAGUAGGGGCGGCCUCCACUCCGGCUGCCCUGAGGGGAAGGAGCCCCCGACCAUGGAAAUCGAGAACAUCGUGGCCAACACGGUGCUGCUGAAAGCCCGGGAGGGCAAACAGAGUGGGCGUAGUAAAAAAUGGAAAGAGAUGCUGAAGUUGCCACCUGUUAGUCAUUGUGAAGGUAUUAGAUGCUCAAUCGAAAGAGACUAUAACCAGCUUUGUGACAAACAGCCGAUAGGAAGACUUCUCUUCAGACAGUUCUGUGAUUCCAGACCAGAUUUGAAAAGAUGCAUUGAAUUUCUGGAUGCAGUGGCAGAAUAUGAGGUAUCUUCAGAUGAAAAGCGUAUAGACUGUGGCCUGAAAGUUUUAGAGACGUACUUCACUAAUGGGUCUGCAGCACACUUGCCCGAAAUACCUCAGGAAACAGUAAAUGAGUGUAAAGCAAGACUGGAAAAGAACCCUUCUAAGGAUCUUUUUAUGGACUGUACUAGAAUUGUCCAUGAAUACCUAAGCAGAAGACCUUUUGAAGCUUACCAAGAAAGUGUGUUUUUUUCCCGUUUUUUACAGUGGAAGUGGCUGGAAAAGCAACCAGUAACCAAACACACAUUUAGGCAUUACCGAGUACUAGGCAAAGGUGGAUUUGGAGAGGUGUGUGCCUGUCAAGUACGGGCAACGGGAAAAAUGUAUGCUUGUAAAAAGCUAGAAAAAAAGAGAAUAAAGAAGAGGAAAGGAGAGUCAAUGGCUCUAAAUGAAAAAAGAAUUCUAGAAAAAGUGAAUAGUAGGUUUGUAGUUAGUUUAUCCUAUACAUAUGAGACGAAAGAUGCCCUGUGUUUAGUAUUAACCAUAAUGAAUGGAGGGGAUUUGAAGUUUCACAUAUAUAACAUGGGAAAUCCUGGCUUUGAUGAAGAAAGGGCUAUUUUCUAUGCUGCAGAACUGUGCUGCGGUCUGGAGGAUUUGCAGAAGGAGAGAAUUGUUUACAGAGACUUGAAGCCUGAGAAUAUACUCCUUGAUGACUGUGGACAUAUAAGAAUUUCCGAUCUUGGAUUAGCUGUCCAGAUUCCAGAAGGAGAAACAGUCCGAGGACGGGUUGGGACUGUUGGUUACAUGGCUCCAGAAGUGCUCAAAAAUGAAAAGUAUACAUUCAGCCCGGAUUGGUGGGGUCUUGGGUGCUUGAUUUAUGAAAUGAUUGAAGGACAGUCACCAUUCAGGAAGCAUAAGGAAAGGGUCAAACGGGAUGAGAUUGACCGGAGAGUAAAGGAAGACCAGGAAACAUAUUCAGAGAAGUUCUCAGAGGAGGCAAAAUCGAUCUGCAGGAUGUUACUUACUAAAAAUCCAGUGGAACGACUGGGUUGCAGUGAAGAUGGAGCUGCUAUUGUAAAGCAACAUCCUAUUUUCAAGAAUAUUAACUUCAAGAGGCUGGAAGCUAACAUGCUAGAACCUCCGUUCUUGCCAGAUCCACGUGCCGUAUAUUGUAAAGAUGUCCUGGAUAUAGAGCAGUUCUCAACAGUAAAAGGAGUGAACCUGGAUACUACAGACGAUGACUUCUAUUCCAAAUUUGUAACGGGUUGUGUCUCAAUCCCUUGGCAAAAUGAGAUGAUUGAAACGGGAUGCUUUGAAGAUAUCAAUGCGUAUGAAACUGAUGGUACUGUGUCACCAGACAGAGAGAGGGCUCCUAAACCAAAGAGAGGCUUCUUUCACAGACUUUUUAGUGGAGAGGUCUGCUUUAAAUCUGAUUGCAGUGACGAUGAGCAGGAGUCCUCCAGACUUUAAAUCAUUUUACUCUCAUCAGAAAGGAUGAGCAAACUUUAAAUAUUUGAUAUCUCUGUAGCAAAGUGUAUUAUAUAUAUUUUUUAUCUGAGUUCGAGGAUUUUUGUACAUUUGUACUUCAGUUGUUUUAAGAUGUAUAUUUUCACUAAAGCUUAAUUGUACAAAAAGCAAUGAGUGCCAUUUGAGUGAGUGUGUUGUAUGUAUUUGAUUAUCUUGAUUUCACGCGCCUCCCCCCCCACCCCCACCCCCCAGUGGAAUGAAUCUAGAAAUACUAGAAGGAUUUUAAAGCACAGAGAUAAUAUCUAUGGCGUCAAUGUAACUUGACUUUGUAUGCUCCUGGUAAAAGUCGUCUUGUUCAUUAGAUCUUUUAUUAGCAGUUUUCCUAACAGUAAAAUUGCUGUACUGAUAAAUUUAAUAUUUCCCGUAUUAUCUGGCAGCAUGGCAGUGCUAUUACCUAAUGUGUCUCUCAAGCAACUGCUAAGAAAAAAGGAAUUCAGUGCACUGUGGCCAGCUGUUACGAAUUGCUCUUUACUAUCUGGCUCUGUAGAAUGUCUUGCUGUGUUUCUAUGUACAGAGAAUCCUGAACAUUUAGCUUAAUCCUGUACCAAAUGGUAUUACCCCACUCUUCUCCUUUUUACCCAUCUUACACAUCCCCUCCAUACAGUUUCUUGGCAUGGACAACACAAGUAGACCUAUGCCAAAAUUUUAGAACUAUAUUUUGACUACUUUCUCUUUACUAAAAGUAUUUCUUUUUACCUGUGGGGACACCUUUUUAUUUUUUUUUUCUGUAAAUGAAAUUGUUUACAACUCCAUGUAGGAUGUUACAGUUUUAUAAUGGAUUUAAAAAAAAAGAAGCGUGGGCUCUUCUUACUAACCUCCUCUCUGCUUAUUAUGUUGUAAUACACGAUGUCGUGGGGUUGACAGUGAUCACUGCUACUGAGGCAAGGACAUCAAAUAUCAAGUAUCAAAUUUAGUUAUGUAAAUAAUCUUUCCUUAUAACCUUUACAAGCUUAAACAUUAAAACCUACCUGUAAUGAUUGCUUGAUGCAGAUGCAGAGCUGGUAUUGAAGUUUUAGUUACGAUUACCUGAUGUUCACUAGUAAAACUGUUUCCAGCUGCUUGAAAGCUUGAAAACUUCCAGUCUUCUGGACUCAAUGUAUGCCAGCCUUCAAUAGUUUUACCAGAAUCUUUACCAAAUAAUCUGUAUGAGAAUGAAUUCAGGGAACACAUUUCAUUAAAAGCCUUUCUGUUUUCAAAAUUUGAGUUAGGGACUUGAAAUACAGCAGAAUGCUGUUGGAGUUGGAGAUAGGACUUUUGUUACAUAUUUUGUUCUGUAUUCUGAAGAUUUGUCUCCACUGAGCAUGCAUACUUUUUCCUCUCAAAUCUCUAGGGCGCCAACCAGACCACAAACAUAUUAUACACACAGAGCAACUGAAUAUCCCCCCACCUCAAAUAGGUUUCUGCUUGUGAUCCACAGACCCGCUGGAAGAAACUUAAGCUGCUUCUGAGAAACUCACAAGACAUUUGAUACGCAGACCCAUCGUUAGGUUUUAAUUCAUGGUAUUUUGUCUAGUGACAAAUGUUUUAAUUGGUUAGAAUUUGAAAAAAGUUGGAAAACCAGUGUGAUACAGAAUCCUGCUGGGCCCAAGCUGGUGUCUAUCUGAAAUUGUUCCUCUUGGCCACUGUGCCACAGGAAUGAGGAAUGAAACACUUCUCCUGUGUUUUCAGUGCAUUUUUAAAGAUGUCUAAAACAGCACAGAGGACAGCAAAAUGACUGUCAUACAAAGUACACAGGGAGAAAUUGACAGAGGGAGAGUUUGAAUGAAUUACUGGAAGAUAUGCUGACGCAAUAAUGAAGGAUGGGAGGCUUGACAGAAAGAGAAAUAUCUGAAGUAAGGGUAUUGGCUGGAACCAUUAUGUGUGAGACAAUGAGCUGGCAUGGUCUGACCUGACCCUUUUUAUUAUGUGCCACAAUAAUAGAAGGACUCUAAAAAGAUGGGAAGGGAAGAAUAGGGAAGUAACAAAAGCAUUUUAUAAAUACCUACCUGGUUGGAGAAGUGACCAUGUUUCUCUGAUUAAAGGGUUUAAUUUUUUAAGAUCUUAGGUUUGCUGUUCUGAGGCAAAGGUGACCAUAUUAACACGAGACAUAUGGGGUGACAGUCUGGAUUUAAUGCCUGCUUAGAGCAACUAGAAAUUUGGGCAAGAAUACCAUGGACACAAGCUGAGUAUGAAGAAAAUACAGGAACUGGCUUAAACAAAAAAAAUUCUGAAAUUCUAUUUAUCAUGUAUUUCAGAUUUUCUUUCCAUAUUGGAGGGGGAGGGAUCUUAACGUCAAAAAAAAAAUCAACUCUUCUAUUUUGGAGUGCUGAGACUUAAUAUUUCUUCUGCAGGGAUCUGUGAAGAAAAAAGAUUAGAUGAAGAGAAAACAGAAGUUGUUUCUAAGAAGUGGUUAUUUAUAAAUCUAGUUCUUUGGACAAGGAACUCCAGCCAUGCAAAAAAAUGGAGCAUUUUUUCGUUUUUAUGAAGCUUUAGUUAGUUUCAUUUCACAAGUUUUUUUCUUAUGUUCUGAAUAAUAAUGUUGAAUUGGUUUUGAGUAACUACACAUUUGCAGGAUUAGAACCUAAAUUCUGUUGGUUUUGGUCUUUUGCUUGGUGUUGUUCCCCCCCUGCCCCAGUAGGCUCAAGAUGGCAUUUUUCUAUCAUAAAUUUAUCCCUUUUGGCUAGAAACACAAUCACAAAGUAAUGACUAGAUAUUAUCUAAUGUGAAUACCCUAAUGAAUUAGAGGACAAGAAACUGUAAAGAUCAGCAUAACUUUCCUUAUACGGUACACAGAGAUUAAGAUGUUAUGCUGCUUAAUCUAAGGUGACCAACAUUGGUUAAAUGUCUUUACUGGAGUAUUAGUAGAUUGGAGAUGCAUUUUGAAAGUGGGGAAGGUGUAAGGAGAGGGGAGAACACCUGAAAGCAAAAUAUUUUGGUGAACUUGGCUCUUGAUUUUUGCAGGACACAACUGAGACAAAGAAGGGGGAAGGCAGCAGGUUGUGUAUACUGAUUAUGUAGCCUUUUAUUUCCAUGAAGCUGUUCUAGGUUUUGGGCGCUUUUUUUGUUGUUGUUGUUAAAAAAAAGCCAAUGUAAAUUCUUAUCAUUCAGUAUGACUUCAUUAUACCUCCAUGAAUUCAGAUUCUAGAUCCAUGUGUUAGAAGGCUUUAAUAGCAGUGAUACAGCCCAUCAGUGCAACUGCUUUAUUCUAUGGGUGCAAGAUAGGGAAAGAUCUGUGGAAUUCCGUGUAGUUACUUGAAUGAGAUCAACCCUUCUUUUCUGUGGCUUGUGUUUCCAAGCAUUUGUGUAUGUAAGCCUUAAUGUCUCCUUGUGCAUACCUCAUGAAUCAAUAUAUUUAGCUUAAAAUUCAGAAACUGUGAAACAAUGUACCCAUGUCUUAUCGGUUUACUUAAUGCUUUUGAAUGUUGUGACCAACAGAACAGAAUCUUUGUGCCUUAGGGUUGUUCUCUUUCUAAAAAAAAAAAUGCUUAGCUUUUUUUUUUCCACAGAUGUAGUGUUCAUGAUAGAGAUGGUGUUAUGUUUCUGGAUUAUAACAACAAUAAAACAGUCUCGGCUGAAAAAAUGAGCACUUAAAAAUAAUUACUGUAUGAUAAUAGGAAAAAAAAACCUGUGGUAUUUCCGUAAUGGAGAGCACUAUUGGAAGGAUCUUAGCCUUCAAUAGAAGAUGUUGUAUGUCUUUUUUUCCCAAAUCAUUCUUAAAACAGUAAACGAGAAGGGUUUAGAUUAUGAAAGAGAAUUAUCUCUAUUUCAGAAUUAAAUCAUGUCUAAUUUGAGAAAUCAAUGAUAGAAGCUAUUAAAAACAACUAAAAAUAAAUUUUUUAGAAUGCACUUCAAUAAUUUUUCAAACAAAACUGAUGUAAGAAAUUUCUCAUUGCUAUCUGUAUAAACAAGGAAUACUUGUUUACAAGUUACUAAAAUAAGUCAAACAACUAGUAUUAUUUUGCUUUGGUUUACAAUUUAGUAUUACAUUAAUUUAGCAGUGGAAUGAUAGCCUUCACUUUAGUAUAGAUUUUCAGAAAAUACUUCUCUUCAGAAAGUACAGAAAAAAUGGAAUUAAAAUUUAAAAAUGGGAAGCAUCUUUAAGCUAAAUUCAUGGUUACUUUGAUUUGAAUUGCCUGCCUGGCUCAUUUUGGUGAUAAUGAUGUCUCUUCUGCUGAAUGUACAAUUAUUUUUUUAUGAUUAUUAUUUCAUAAUUGUUCUUAUGGUGUAACUUAAGUUUUUUACAUGAGAUCUAGGCAGCUUUUCUCAUGUUCCAUAUGUGUCCAAAACACAAGAAUUGUUUCCAAGUACAGCGAAGCUGACUGUUAAAUGUGAUGUGUUAGUUCCAGUAUCUCCAAACCACUGCACUGUUCUUGUACGAGCUGUUUUCCUGGAUGUUCUAGCGUUGUAAUUCCUGAAAUAAAAGCAAAACACUGCCACAUAUCUCAACCACAUGUAUUACUGUCUAAUGUGAUUUAUUUACCAUGUCUAUCAUGGUAGCGGGAUAGAUAAAAAUUGUAAUUUAAAAAAAAUCAAUUUGUUGAAGCAGAAAAUAUGUAUUACAUGUUGUAAGUUCUUUACAAAUGUAAGAUUAUCAGAUCCAGGAAAAAGUGCCCUAGCUCUGUUGUAUUUGCUCAACCGAUACCUUAUCUCAUCAUCUGAAUCUUGAUUUCUACUUACAUUUAUGUGUGAAAAGACAGACUUAUCGGGAUGGGCUGUUUUUCAUUAACACAUUUACUGUAUGAUAACACUAUGAACGUGAAUACAGGCUUGGUCAGUA